CUGUGUUCGAUGAGUAAUGCCUGUUCACUCCACGUGCACUUGUUUGGGGAAAGAUGGCGGCUCCCGCUAGCGAGAUUGAAGUGGUCGCUGCGAAAAAACCAAAUGUAGUGCGAGGACCGAGGAGAGUGGCCAAUCAGAUUCCUGAUGAGAUCCUCAAAGAUCCAGAGCUCAUCGAGGCCAUUAAGGCUUUGCCAGCUAACUACAAUUUUGAAAUCCACAAAACAAUUUGGAGGGUGCGACAAGCCAAAGCCAAGAGAGUGGCCUUGCAGUUGCCUGAGGGUCUGCAGAUGUUUGCCUGUGUGAUUGCUGACAUCAUUGAGAGGUGGGUACCGCAUACACUCACACAGCGCUCCUCAGGACUGUGGAUGCACGUCCUUGGUUAAACAGGAAGAGCAUUUGAGUCUGCAGAAGACCUCUGUGCUCAUUAAAAAAAACUCUAAGCUUAUCAUCAUUCCCCGCCGUAUCUGGGGCUCAGCAGAAAAUUAGACACAAUUGCAGACACAAGCCAGCUAUCACGGUCUCGCUAGUUAAUGACAUGAAGUGGACAAAGCCAUUAUUCUUCUCAAUUACAUCUUGUUACAGUCUGUGCAGAGCGUGUAGCAUACGAAAAUACAAAUUGUGGUCUGGCCACACCUCCCACUUCGAUUGGGUUUAAUGCUAAUGAACACUAGUAGCUCUGCUUAAUGAUAAACAAUGUGCUGUGACAACAAAAAAAUGUUUGUUCACAAGUGUUGAAGGUCAAAAAUGAAAAUUCUGUCAUUAUAUAAACCUGUAUUAAUUUUUUUGUUGUUGAGUAUAUUUUUCCUUCUUUUCCAUACAGUGACAUUUAAUACAGUAUGAACCAUUUGGACUGAGU